AAGUAUAUAAAUGGAGUGGGCAGCUGAAAAGAUAUUGUUAUGUGUUUCGUUAAGUAGAAAAACAUGUACUGUUUAAAGUUUCUCGUGUCUGUGGUGGUUUUGGUACUCAUCUCUCAAGAGGAAAAUGAAGUAUCAGCAGCGCCAUGUAAGUGGAUGUGGGACCACAUCACUCAUACACCCCCGACGACUCCCCCUACACCCACCGCACCCACUACACCCAUGACGCCCACCACACCUGACCUUAUUGAAGACUUCGCGAGACUGAAGAAGAAAAAAGUAAAGCAAUGGGAUCAGCUUGUCAACGAUUGGCUGUUUUGGGGCCCGCAAAAUGAGAAUCCGUCAUCCAAGCCUAGAAAUCCAGUGAAAAGAAUUAUUUCUAGUUAUAUGAAAUUAUUAGCUAAGCUAUACAGUAUGUUCAGUACAUAAAUAUACUUAUCCUAUGUAAUUAAUA